GGUUAGAUGUGGAAGAUGCCACCAAACCGGCCAUAAUAGAGCGACAUGUGCAAAGAGAUCAUCUAGACAAGAGGGGGGGUCCGCCGGGCAUGGAGGUGAUAGCGGAUCCUGGGCCGAGUGAUCCUUCUGUCCUGACACUGCAGGCCUCACACAGGAGUGAGGAUGUUUGGCUUGGCAUGGAUGUGCAGGUUGAUAGGUGCCGCGAGCAUCUGCGGGGUUUGUCCCAUUUACAUGUCGACCCCAGAGUCCUAGCAUAUGUUCGUGCAGCAGGUUUUUUUACACUGCACAGGUUAGUGGCUACUGUGCCUUUAGAUAGAGCCCUCCUCACUGCUCUACUUGAGCGUUGGAGGCAGGAGACACAUUCAUUUCACCUCCCUGUUGGUGAGGUCACCGUGACAUUGGGAGAUGUGGCUGUACUGACUGGGUUAGAGGUUGAUGGGAGAGCUGUUACAGGCACUGCUUGUCGACAGUGGGUGGAUGAGUGUGAGAGGUUGUUAGGCAUCCGCCCCGUUCUUAGGGCUGACCUUCAGGGGUCAUCUCUUAGGAUGCCAUGGUUGAGGGAGCACUUCCAGGCCCUCCCUCCCGACGCUGAUGAGAUGAUCAUCCAGCAGCAUGCUCGGGCGUAUAUAUUGAUGAUGAUGGGAGCCUCCAUUUUCGCUGACAAGAGCGGAAAUGAGGUUCAGGUGCUACACCUGCCUUUGCUGGAGAGGUUUGAUGUAGCAGCACAGUUUAGCUGGGGUAGUGCCACCCUGGCUUAUCUCUACAGGCAGCUGUGUCGCGGGUGCCAGAGAGGGAGCACAGAGCUGGGGGGAUUUUUGCUACUCCUCCAGAUUUGGUCAUGGGAGUAUAUCCACAUUGGCCGUCCCAUUAUAGUUGGAUAUCAUGGCAUUGAUGGACAGCCACUGCCUGAUGAGCCUCCACGUCUGCUAGGACCACAUCAUGUACGGGGCGUGGACCCUCUAGG